UUAUAUAUAUAGAGAAUUGAAAAUUGUUGAGAUUGCGUAGCAUUGCAGGGCAAGGUGGGUAGCCAAAGGAAGAAGAAGAGGCUGCUUCUUGAUACAACAGUGUCAUCUUUUUCAUUCUAUCAUCAACUCUCUCUUUUCUUCAAUUUCUUUCUGUUUGCGUCUUUUAUGCGGAUUUGUCUCUGGAUUCAGCUUGCUGAAAAAGAAUUUAUUUCACUCUGGCCGCUAUAAAAAGUUCAAAUAAUUCUCGCACCUCUAAAAAGGUGUGGGGUGAUGAAGGAGGAGUGAUUUCGGUUUGUGUUUUACGUAGAACAAAGGCAUCAGACAUAUGGAGAUUGUGCCGUGUUUCGGUUGGAUUGUCCGUUGAUUAUGGCUAAGGGUGGCUUUUGAUUUGUCCCCAGAAGCCCUCUAGUACAAUAACAGCAAAUUUACGGAUUUUGGUUAGGCUUCUGGAAAAUUGACGAACAAUAUAGAUUAACAUUGGUAGUGGUUAGAUGUAGCUCUCAACAUUGUUGCAGCGAUGUUUAAAUUUUCUUGUUUUCAUGUUAAUGUCCAAGGCAACAAAACAAAGAAAAUAGCUCAACCUUCUUCUGAAGAAAUGUCGAAAGCUUUGCGUGAUAGUUCCAAAAAGCUAGUUAGUAAAGAUUUGUCUACCCCUACGAGCUUAAAUUCGUCACCUUCAAAACAACAUUCACAUAAGCUAAUGAAUGUUUCCGAGAAUGAUAUUCUUGACCAGGAUUCAGUAGAGCGCAUUGGUAGGUUAGAGGAUAUGAAUAGCAAGUUUCUCACUGAACUUGACAGAAAAGUCCACCAAAUUGGGCGUCUCAGGAAAAGUCAGUCGGAUAGUGAGCUUUGCCAAGGGAUAACUGAGGGUGAUCAUGAUGAUAUGGGGUUUUCCAAGAGCCACCAUGACUCACCAAAUUCAAUAGGCAGCCCUAAUGAUCAAUCUAAAACGGAUUCGAACUUUGAGUUUCAAGUCAUUCCUGGCCGUUGCAAUGAUAGCUCACUUUUUUCAAUAGGAGAUCUGACGCCUUCGGAGAAAGAUGCUCGUGAAAUUUCUGAUACUCCAUUAUCCGUCGAUCAUGCCGGUGACUCUGCUGGCCGGAAUUCUGGUCCCAAUACACCAUCUUUAAGGAAGUCGUGUUCCUUGCCCAAUAUCGUUGCUUCUAUGCUUACUUCUGGAAAUAAACAUGAUUUUAAACAUGCAUCAGCAUUGUCAAGAUCUUCUGAUGAUCUUUGCGCUUUAAGCUUGAGGAAGAAAGAGGUAUUCAUCAACGAGUCUUAUGAUCAAAUUAGGGAAACUCAAGAAAGUAUCAUGGAAAAAACUGAAGAUAAUCAUAUGGACAGAUACUUUGACGAUGGUUUUGAUUCGCAUCUUCUUUCUGGUGUACCAAAAGACUGGACAAGACCGAUUACAGACGAUAUAAGUGAUGCAGAACCUCUUCAAGGAGAUUCCUCGAUUGAAUCUCCUAACAUGAAUUUUAGCUUUAAGCGGAUUGAGGAUUGGGUAAGCAGUUUGCAGGACUGCGAACCACCUCCAGAGGAUAUAAUUGAAUUGCCUGAAUCUGUUGUUGAUCCAGUAGUUGAUGUUAACACCGCAAAUGCUGUGGCUGCUUCAGUUGUGGAUCAUAAGAUCACUCCGGGAAUGGAAGCCGCUAAAAGAUAUAUAUCUUCAUUGACUGCCAAUGCCACUACGGCUCAGCUGGCAAAUCAUGGGCUGGUUGUGAUCCCCUUUUUGAGUGCAUUUGUGAGUUUGAAGGUGCUCAAUUUGUCUGGAAAUGCAAUUGCAAGAAUAACUGCCGGUACUCUUCCUCGAGGACUUCACACAUUGAAUUUGUCAAAAAACAAUAUUUCCACUAUAGAGGGAUUACGUGAACUUACACGGCUUCGUGUCCUGGACCUCAGCUACAACCGUAUACUAAGAAUUGGACACGGUUUGGCAUCAUGUUCUUCUCUAAAGGAGCUGUACCUUGCUGGAAACAAGAUCGGUGAAGUGGAGGGUCUGCACCGCCUGUUGAAACUAAGUAUCUUGGAUCUUCGUUUUAACAAGAUUUCAACUGCUAAAUGUCUUGGACAACUUGCAGCCAACUACAAUUCUUUGCUAGCUAUCAACUUGGAAGGUAACCCUUGCCAGAAAAACGUCGGAGAUGAACAAAUUAAGAAAUAUCUGCAAGGCCUACUUCCCCAUCUUGUCUACUACAAUCGGCAGCCGUUCAAAGCAAACGGUUUGAAGGACGGUGCAGAUCGUGCAGUUCGAUUAGGAAUGAAUUCACAACAGUUUGAUCGCAGUCUUAGAGUGGAUCGCAAGUCUUCAAGGAAGGGGUCAUCAUCUUCUCGGAGGCCAUCAUCUACGUCCUCACCAAAAGUGUCCACGCCAAAAGCGUCCAAAGGAAAACAAGCCCACCUCCCACCUAUCAGAACCAAACCAUCAAUCCAAACUCGCUCUCAUUUUAACUCACCCAACAAAUUGAAUUCGGACAACUUCAUGCGCAAAAGUCACAGCGAGGGCACUCUUCUUGGAGCUUUGUAAGAGGCUAUUGCAUUGCAAAUUGAUUCGUUCGAUGGCCAUGUUUCGGUAUGCAUCAAUUUACGUUGGUGAUUCAUAUUCAUGUCAUGUUUCCAGUUUUUUUGUCACUCCCUCCUGUUUAAUUAGUUUUGUUUGCUUGCUGCACAAGGUUUUUAAUACAUUGGAUUGUGUGUUGUACUUGGUUGCCCAAUAAGUGGCUUUAUGCUUCUGUAUUUUCUAUUUCAUUAAUGUUUUUGUGGUUCAUUAUGUUGUUCAAAACAUCAUUGUCAAUUUGUUUGGAAAGAAGUUUGGUGCAAUGCAAUUUUUUUUGUACAA